UGUCAAUGCGACUGACAAUGUACAGCGGACAGCAUUGCAUUGGGCAGCUGUGCAGGGUGCAAUUGCGGCGGCGGAUGUGCUCUUGCAGAAUGGAGCUAGGGUUGAGGCAGCUGAUGUACAUGGCUACCGGCUUUGAGUUCAUUGAGACUCCACCAUUUUAUUGGUGGAGAUGAAGAACUGAAAGUGGAGAUGUGGCGUGGAUGAGAGCUGGAUGAGAUUCCAGAAGCAAGGGAGCGUGUUAUUCAUGGGUCACAUGUAGUUUUCAUUAGUUUUACUUAAAUUAAGUAUUCAACUGCCAAAUCCAACGACUAAAAGUGAAGCCCAGUUUUUAACACUAGUUGCAUAUGUAACAUACGUUAAUGAGAUGAAGUACAUGUGUACAAAUUUUCUUUGGUGUGGUGACUUGCAGAUAAUCAGUUUUUGGCACUGCAGGUUGACUGCGAUGUGUUGGCAUACUUUGUUGCAAUGUUCUCAAUACGUAGCAUUAUUUCUUUUAUAAAGCGAUUAUUAUAUUUAUAAUCAUAUUAUUGUUUGGAAGAUUUAUAUUUAGUAUGAAUUUAAUUUUGAUGGGGUGAGGUAUACUUUAAAACUAGUUGUGAGUCCUAUAUUUUCAUGCAUGCAAAGGAUGUUAUUGCUACUAGUUUUUUCUUGUCACUUGUUUAAUUUACUGCAGGCAGUUCACGUUGCUGCUCAAUAUGGGCAAACAUCUUUUUUGAAUCACAUUGUCGCAAUAUAUCAUGCUGAUUUUGAUGCCCCUGAUAAUGAGGGGAGGAGUCCUCUUCAUUGGGCCGCAGAUAAAGAUUUUGCAGAUACAGUUAGAUUGCUUCUGUUUAGAGAUGCAUGCCAAGGGAGACAAGAUAAAGAAGGUUGUACCCCUUUGCACUGGGCUGCUUUAAAUGGGAACGUGGAGGUUUGCACUGUGCUUGUCUAUGCUGGCUCUAAGAAGGAAUUAACGGUGAAAGACAAUGCUGGUUUUACUCCUGUUCAGAUUGCAUCUGAUAAAGGUCAUCAGCGUGUCGCUCUCUUCCUUGCUAACCAGCAGCGGGCUCAUAGAAACUGCUGGAGAGACAAAUUUUGCAUUGGGAAGAUGGCGGAUGUUGGUUACGCACCUGUUUUGUUGUGUAUAAUAGUCUUUCAGACAGUUCUCUUUAUGAACUCAGUCCUCGCAGCUCCUCAUCUGACAAAGGUUACUGCUGCUGUCGGUCUCUGGGGAUGGGCUGCCAUUUCAUUAGCAGUGGGUUCCUUGAUUAUGUUCUACAGGUGCAGCAGUAAAGAUCCAGGUUACAUCAAAGGAGCAGGGGAUUUCAGCAGUCCUAUAAAUACAGAGGAUCCUUUGUUGAAUAUUGCUUUAAACAAUUCCUCUGUAUGGAUGGGAAAUUGGUCUCAACUUUGCCCCACUUGCAAGAUAAUUAGACCUGUUCGCUCUAAACACUGCCCCACAUGUAACCGAUGCGUAGAACAGUUCGACCAUCAUUGUCCAUGGAUAUCUAAUUGUGAUGGAAAGAGAAACAAGCGGGAUUUCUUUAUAUUUAUCUGGUUAAGAUCUUUGACGUCACUCAUUUCUACUGCUGUUGCAGUUCAAAGGAUUUGGAGUGCAUUGCCGGGAUUGCAAACAGAAGAAACAUGGAUUCGCCGUGUGGUAGUUCAAUAUCCUAGUAUUGUUGCUUUUCUGUUUGUGGACAUAAUCAUUUUGAUAUAUGCUACAACCCUAACGACGGCACAGGCAACUCAGAUAGCUCGAAAUAUCACCACCAAUGAAUUGGCAAAUGCUAAUCGUUAUGGGUAUCUUCGCGGUCCAGAUGGGCGGUUCCAAAACCCGUAUAACCAUGGGUGCAGGAAAAAUUGUUCUGAUUUUCUCAUUCAGGGCCACACAGAUGAUGAUGAAAUAGCCUGGUCUCCAUUGCUGCAGGUUGCCAGUUAGUACUCAGAACGUUAUUCGGUCCUCUCCAUUGUUCCAGGCUACGGAUGACGCUUGGUGUUCCACCUGUAUUUGCUUGUACUUUAUCCCACCAUAUCUAGGUUACCCAAUUCGUAUACAUAAUUCCCGGUCAUUUACUACUACAAACUCCAUUUUCAGUUAGCCACCACAUGUACACAAUUGAAACAACAAAAUGCAAAAGAAAUGAAAGCUUUUUAUCUUGCGAUUGUCCUCUGCA